AUGAAUUUUCAAGCUGGCUCAGGCUCUAACCCUGCUAAUAACUCGAAUUAUCCACUUGUUCCUAAUUUGGAUAAAGUUACGGAAGAGGAAAAUGCAAGGAUAGAAUCACAAAAGCAAUUAGAAGAAUGGUGUAAAUGGCUGGAGGAAAUAUUCAGAGUAAUGGAAAUCACUUAUAGUCAUCAUGGAAUUGACACUAAGGAUCUAAGUUUGGUCCCAGACUUAGUCCUUUCCCCCAAGUUCAAAAUGCCAGAAUUUGAGAAGUACAAUGGAACGAGCUGCCCUGAAGCUCAUAUUACCUUGUUUUGCAGAAGAAUGACUGGGUAUGUUAACAACAAUCAACUACUGAUCCAUUGCUUCCAAGAUAGUUUAGUGGGGGCAACAUCUAAGUGGUAUAAUCAACUGAGUCGUACCAGGAUUAGUUCAUUGAAAUAUUUGGCACAAGCGUUCAUGAAGCAGUAUAGCCAUGUGACAGAUAUGACUCCUGACAGAAUUACUCUUCAGAAUAUGGAGAAGAAAUCAAAUGAAAAUUUCAGACAAUAUGGGCAAAGAUGGAGAGAAGUUACCAUACAAGUUCAGCUGCCGCUUUUAGAAAAAGAAACCACGAUGCUCUUUAUCAACAAUUUAAAGGCCCCGUUCAUUACACAUGCUGGGAAGCGCCACAAAAAGCUUCUCAGACAUGGUAAUGACUGGAUAAAUGAUCGAGAAUGUAAUAAGAAGCGGAAGGAUAGAGGCAAAGGAAAAUACCAAAAGCCGAGAGCAGUGACUACUGGGAGUCAAGGUUCGUUAAGACAAGAGUCCGGCACAAAGCAAAAUACUGAGAAGCUUCAAUUUACACCUAUCCCAAUGUCAUAUAGGGAGUUGUAUCAAAGUUUAUUCAAUGCACAUGUGGUGGCCACUUUUUACUUAAAGCCAUUACAACCCCCAUACCGCAAAUGGUACGAUGCAAACGCUCAAUAUGACUACCAUUCAGUAGUUGAAAGACUUAUUAAAGUGGGCAUUGUGAAGUUUGAUAAUGCACCCAGUGCAGAAAAUCAGUUACCUAAUCACACUGAUGGUGAGGUAAAUUCAAUAAGUGAAAAUAUGGGGAGAAAGAUCAAGGCAGAAAUUACAGAAGUAAAAACUCCUUUAAAAUGGGUCUGGAAGAAGAUGGUAAAAAGGGGAUUAGUUAUUUCGGAUCCAGAAAGGAGCGGCAGAGGGAUAGAGAGCUACUGCGAAUUCCAUCAUGAAGAGGGUCACGGAAUUCAAGAAUGUGAAGAGUUCAGAGCUUUGAUUCAGGGCCUGAUGGACAACAAUGAGAUAGAAUUUUAUGAAGAUGCUAAAGAGGAGGGGUGUAUAUGCACGUCAGAAUCAACGUCGAAGGGCCCAAAGGUCAGUUAUCCUGUGGUCAUCAUUUCACGUCCGAAAAAUAAAGUAGGAAUUCAAAUGGCACCGAAGGUUAUAAUUCAGAAACCAGUAGUUUUCUCUUACAAAGACAACAAAAGGGUCCCAUGGAAUUAUGAUUGUAAUGUGACAAUCCCAGGGAAGGAGAGUUCAGCUAAGGAGGAUCAAGAUAUAGGUUCUCAUACGCGUAGUGGAAGACGCUAUGAUUUGGUGAAUGCCCAAACAGAACCUGUAAAAGGAAAAGCUCCAAUAGUGGAACAAAAGAAAGGAAAAGCUGCUGAGUCUGAGUAG